AUGUUAUUACUACUAUUAUUACUGUAUUUGACUUCUACUGCUGUUACUACGAAUACAACUGAGCGUCCUAAUUUGAAAUAUCCUGGACAUGCUAAACGUCUCAGGGAUGAACCGAUUGAAGGACCUUCUUUACCGUACGGGAACAAAGUUUAUCUGAAGAACAGACUGCUCAACAAUCUCAAUCACUUCUUUCCGGAUCCUGGGGAGACACUGGAGAUUCUAGGUGCCACAGAGGCUUCUCAGGGGGCACCGGUUGACACUAAUUCAAUAAUCGAUCAACCAACAGCAACAGGAGCUCCAACACAAACAUUCUUUGCACCAAUUCAGAAUCUACUAGAUAAUGCCCUUCAACCGGAUCGACAUCCAUUUCCAACCUUGAUUCCGACAGAAGCGACCAUUGCUCCCAUAGAGCCUUCUACACCUCUCAUCGCCGAGGAGGCAACGCCGGCUAAGAAAAGUGAUUAUCUACCACCAUCGCCGUCGGGAGACAGAAGAGCCUUUCGUACACCUGGAGCCAGGAAUAUCGUCUACAUACCAGCUUCGCACGUCACCAUGCGACCACCGCCGCCGGUAGAUCAGCGUCCAUUCAGCAUUUCAGUCUAUAAUGUGACUAUGACGGCACCUGCCAUUACACUGCCGCCGUUAGUCACCUUGCCGUUCCCUCCUGGAAAUGUUCUUCCUGACUACUCAUCGCAGUUCACUACUCAACAACCAUAUGGAAAGCAGUAUAAUUCUUUUAGUAAUCAAGGGACACGGAACUAUCCUGGCCCACCUGAUUAUAAUGUAGCGGCUCCGCAAUUUGUAACUUCACCUCCAGUGGAGCCGAUGCUUGCAACACCAAUGCCAACCGACAGCGAUUUGGACGAAAGCGAUGAAUCGUUUGACCCAGAGGUUGGUAUUGCGGUGACUAUGAUAAUAGCAUAUGAUGACUUCAAAAAUUUGGACUGA